UGUCAAUGUCCUUUUUUGUGAAAUAAAUAGCGAGCAGUGUUUGGUCUUUUGUUUUACGAUUUUUAUCACAAAUGCUGUCAUAAAUUAAUGUUUCAAGUCUUAAUAAAGUAAUUUAUAUAAUUUGAAAUCAUCUGGAAUUGAUUCAGUUGCUAAUACAAAGAAAGGCUGUAUAGUGUUUUAUAUCAACCAGAAUGGAGCAGAUCAUACAUCAAGUAGCACAGAAUGUGGAGAAGCAACUCGACAAAGAGAUAGAAAGAUUAGAUGCCCUGGAUAGCAGCGACCUUGAAGCAAUCCGGCAGCAACGCAUCGCUGAGAUGAAGCAACAAGCGAAACGCAAGCAGGAGUGGAUCGCUAAUAAUGUGGACGUUACUUUGUGGCGAGAUGCAUGCCACCCUCUGCUGGCCGCUGAUAUUCAAAUCACACUUGACAGAUGCAAAAAUAAGGAAAAGCAUUUUCCUUAUAUCCUUUUGUGUGGAGUACCCAUAGCUGGGGCUCCACAAUUUGUUCCUACGGCAAGCACUGAUUUGAGGGGUCACGGCGAAUACACAGAGAUUGAUGGUGAAAAGGAAUUCUUCGCUAUCUGCAACAAGAGCACCAACGUGGUGUGCCACUUCUACCGGAACGACUCCCCUCGCUGCAAGAUCGUCGACAUGCACCUCAAGAUAUUGUGCAAGAAGCACGUGGAAGCAAGGUUCGUCAAGUUGGACGCGGAGAGGGCACCGUUCCUUACUGCAAGUGAGACAGAAUUGUACGUUUCAACGCAGCGCGAGCGACACGGCGAGUCCGCUUCCGAGUCCGUACGGCUGAGCUGUAAUGUUGCCCUUUUCUGGAUAACAAAAUGGCGAUUACGUAGACUCAAAAUCCGCGUGAUCCCCACCAUAGCCAUAGUUAAGGACAACAAGACGAAGGAUUUCAUCGUUGGCUUCACCGAGCUCGGGAACAGGGACGACUUCAACACUGAGAUGCUGGAGUGGAGGUUAGCUAGGGGUGACGUCAUAGAUUACUCGGGAGAUCUCCUCCACCCUCCGGAGGAGAAAAAGAAAUCCCUCCACAUACAGAAGAAAGGCAUACGCGACUCCACUCAAGACGACGACUCGGACGACUUUAGCGACUGAGGGAAUCGUAAGGAUAAAUAAUUAUAAUGUCCCAACACAUCACUGAGAAACUAAAAUAAAUGUUACACUGCUUUGGCUGUACGAUAUAAUGGCGUUUGGAUAUAAAUGAUUUUUUUUCUAAAAUUAAUUCUCAAUUUGGCAAUAGUAUGUCCUUAUCAUGCUUUAUAAAGAAUGAAAAGGAGAGAUUGUACUCGAAAAAUGUUCGACUCUUUGGCUGUACGACACAAUGGCGUUUGGCCUGAUUUUAAAAAUAAAACUGACGUUUAUAGAAUUACAUCUUUGUCAUGUUUUAGACACAGUGAAAAGAAAAAGUUGCUAUCAUAUUAGGUUUUAAUACCAGAAUUAGGAAUAUUGGUGUCGAUUCUGACAUGAUAGUCUAAAAAGAC